AUGUCACCAUCGCGUCGGAGAUUUGAUUCGACCGUAACCACCACCAACAACAACAACCAGAACCGGAAGUGGUGGCAGCACAGCGACCGGCGCGCAAUCGGCAAGAACUUUUCCGCCACCGAAGAAUUAGAAUCAGUGCCGACGUUUGAUUUAAUUCCAAAUGACGAAAGGAUCAGUGGAGGCCAACCCUGGGCGGUGCGCGUUCGGGUGAAAGCGCCAAGACAGAACGAUCCGAUGCGGGAUGGCAGUCAGUGGUGCACUACGGUGGGAGUGCUGACACUGAUGACGAGCAGAGCAGGGGGCAAGGAUGGUAAAACCUCGCUCGAACGAAGCUCUUCUACAAAUGAGGAAUGGAAUUAUCUGCUCGUCAGCAACAGAUCUGAAGCGGCACCGAAUGGCUCCUUUUUCGUCUUAUUAAACGGGAUCCAUUUUCUUCUCUUCUCCUUGCUUUCAGCUAAAUCUUUGCCACUUCACUGCGUGGUUGAGUCAGUCAGUUCACUGCAGGCGACGCUGAACUUUGACGCCCGAAGCCCCUGGAAACGGCGGCCCAACAUCGAAACCGACAGUUACGUCAUCAUCCCGGCCGCGACGCCGUUCUGUGAUAUCGUUACGACCGCCCUGCAGCGGUUGGGCUAUUCCUCGGAGAUUUCGAACGCAGCCAGAGGAUCAAUCUCCAUCAAGAACUGGAAAGCCCUGACGCUGGACGCCAUCUCCGACAAUCCACUGGUCUCGGUGAACGACAUCCUCGGGGAGUUGACCUCGGUCGUUACGCUGAAGAUCACCAUCCUGCGCAAUAAACCGUCCCAACUGGCGGAGAUCAAGGAUAAGCUGCUCAAGCUGCUGAUACUGCAGUCACAUGCCGUGCUCCGCUCUACGGGCUGCCCGCUGGAUGAGAUUACACUAUCGCAGAUAUGCCGCAGUCCGCUGCAGAACACAUUUCCCUUCACGCCGGAAAUCACCGACGAGGUUCGCCGAAAGUUCGACCAAUGGUGGAGCAAUCAGCUGGCUCCCCAGCCGAACCCGAUAGCCCACAAGAUUCUGCCCUUCACCAACGCUCCACCCAGCGAGCUGGAUUUUGCCAGCUUCAACAUGCACGACAGCAGGGAAACGUUGCUGGAGAAUCGCAACAAUCCGCACCACAAUCUGGUGGUACAUCCGGCGCUGCAAACCGUGCACUCGCAAUAUCCUAACCAGAAAACGCGCAUGAGAACUAGCUUCGAUCCGGAAAUGGAAUUACCCAAACUGCAGCGUUGGUUCCAGGAAAAUCCACACCCAUCGCGGCAGCAAAUUCAAUCGUACGUUGUUCAGUUGAACUCUCUGGAAUCCCGUCGUGGUCGAAAACCGCUGGACGUUAAUAAUGUGGUCUACUGGUUCAAGAACGCACGAGCCGCGCAGAAGCGCGCUGAAAUGCGUCAGGGACUGACCAACGGCUACGGAACCCCCAACAUCAUGCUCUCCCAGCCGGAUUACAUGAAAAGCUCUCCGAGUGCACCGUCCGAAGACAUCGACAACCUAUCCCAGGACGAAAUGGACGAUGAACUCGAUCGACCAAUGUCACCGCAGCUGCCGCUGUCGUUGACCAUUCACGAGCGCAACCGUCCGCUAAGUCCCAACGAAGACACUCCCAUCAAGCAGGAGAAAAACGCCACUUCAACUACUCCGCCACCUUCGCCAUCACCGCAGAACAGUUUGCUCAACAUCAGCAGCAACAAUAAUAAUAACAACAAUAACAACAACAACAGCAACGCCAACGAAUCAGCCAACGAUUCGGCCAGCCAGAACGAGGCACCCAAAUCGAACUAUUCCAACGAGCGGUCCAGUUCGCCGCAACGAUCCCGUUCACCGGCGUCCGACGAUCUCGAUAUGGACGAACCGGAGGGCAGCACCAUCGACGAUUACCGCUCGCCGUCGCCGGACUCCAAGCGCAAUCUGCCCUUUCCGAUCAGCAAUCCGAUGUUUUCGCACUCGAUCAUGUACAUGAGCCACUACAUACCGGCGAUGCAAGCGAACGCCGCCGCCGGAAUGCACCUGAAGAACGAACUGAGCCCGACCGGUCAUGCCGCCCUGGGCCAGGGCGGACUAAAUCUGUCCUUCAACAGCGAUGAACGGCGGAAGCGGAACCGAACCUUUAUCGAUCCCGUCACCGAGGUGCCCAAGCUGGAGCAGUGGUUCUCGAUGAACACCCACCCGUCGCAUAAUCUGAUCCUGAAGUACACCGAGGACCUGAACCGGAUGCCGUACCGACAAAAAUUUCCCCGCCUCGAGAGCAAGAACGUCCAGUUCUGGUUCAAGAACCGACGAGCCAAAUGUAAACGGCUGAAGAUGUCCCUGUACGAUCCGGCCCAGCUAGCCAACCUGGGUGAGCAGGCUCACCUGGCAAACCUGCACGACAGUUCCCAUCUCGCUCAGCUGCACGAAGCCUCCCAGCUGCACCAGUUCCACCACGGUGGCGAACGGGAUUGA